CCAGACGGUUGCUAAGGUGACAGGGAUACAACAUGGCGGCCGGAUCCUAACGCUCUCCGUCGUGGGACCACCGCGGAGGUCCUCGUUCGGGCCCCUGCCUCAGAGGAGUGGAAGCCAGGGGGUCACCCUUCCUGCCCCUUUCUUCUCCGUCCACUGUCCGCAAGGGGUUGUCGCCGGCUUCCGCAUCCAGGAUGAAGAACUAUAAAGCAGUUGGCAAAAUAGGAGAGGGAACGUUUUCUGAAGUUAUGAAGGUGCAGAGCCUGAGAGAUGGAAACUACUAUGCGUGUAAACAAAUGAAACAGCACUUUGAAAGUAUUGAGCAAGUGAAUAAUCUACGAGAGAUACAAGCACUGAGGCGCCUGAAUCCACACCCAAACAUUCUUAUGUUGCAUGAAGUGGUUUUUGACAGAAAAUCUGGUUCUCUUGCACUAAUAUGUGAACUUAUGGACAUGAAUAUUUAUGAGCUAAUCCGAGGCCACACUGAACGUGAUGUGCUAUGGAAAGCUUUUAGAUCAAGAAGCUGUUCUUGCAAUGAGAAGACACUGAUGUUGAAGAUGCUUGUGAAGAGUUCAGAGAAAAUUGUUUCUAUGAAGUGGGAGAGUGGACAAGAGCAUUGGAGAAGACACCCAUUAUCAGAAAAAAAAAUUAUGCGCUAUAUGUACCAGUUAUGUACAUCCCUUGAUCAUAUGCACAGAAAUGGAAUAUUUCACAGAGAUGUAAAACCAGAAAAUAUAUUAAUAAAGCAGGAUGUCCUGAAAUUAGGGGACUUUGGGUCCUGCCGGAGUGUCUAUUCCAAGCAGCCGUACACAGAAUAUAUCUCUACCCGCUGGUACCGGGCCCCAGAGUGUCUCCUCACCGAUGGGUUCUACACCUACAAAAUGGACCUGUGGAGUGCUGGCUGUGUGUUCUACGAGAUCACCAGUCUGCAGCCCCUCUUCCCUGGAGCCAAUGAGCUGGACCAGAUCUCAAAAAUCCAUGAGGUCAUUGGCACGCCUGCUGAGAAGACCCUCACCAAGUUCAAACAGUCGAGAGCUAUGAGUUUUGAUUUUCCUUUUAAAAAGGGAUCAGGAAUACCUCUGCUGACAGCCACCGUGUCCCCACAGUGCCUCUCCCUCCUGCACGCAAUGGUGGCCUAUGAUCCCGAUGAGAGAAUCACUGCCCACCAGGCCCUGCAGCAUCCCUACUUCCACGAGCAGAGGGCAACUGAGAAGCAGUCUCUGACAAGCCACAGAAAGGCCUUCCUUCCAGAGCGCCCCGUGGCACCGCAACUACUCAGUAACAACUGGCAAAUUUCAAAGGAGGGCAGAAAGCAGAAACAGUCCAUAAAGCAAGAGGAGGACCAUCCCAAGAGACAAGGACCAGCCUGCCUGAUGGAACUGCCCAAACUGAAGUUUUCAGGAGUGACCAAACUCUCCUCGUACUCCAGCCCCGCGCUGCAGUCAGCAUUCGGGCCCGGAGCCAGCGGGACAGUCCCGGUGCUGAGACCCCUGAAGUGUGUUGGCACAAACCCAAAGACAGAUACGCAGAAGGACAUUAAGCCCAACCUGAGACAGUGUCGCCUGCCCACAAUAGGAAGGAAAGCUGGAGGGUACUGAGCAGCUCCAGCCAGCUCGCCUACUCUGCAGCCUGAAAGCAGGCGCAGCCGCCCAGCGGGCCGACGGCCUCUGAGCCGAUGGAGGGCUCCAGGAGAGGCCUGGCCUCCCCGGCGAGGGCUGCCCCGCAGACAGCGGCACCACCCGGCCUGGAGCCCGCCGGCCCAUGGGUACUCACAUCCCGGAAGCAGCUGUCCUGGAUGUUCCAGUCUAAUACAUUUGUAAAACCACCUCAUUCUAGGGUUUGAUUUUAUUUUCAUCACCUAAGAAUUUGGAGCAGGGAAUAUUUUGUAAUUUUUUAUGUGAAUCAAAACAGAGAAAUUAUAAUUUAUAUGAUGUAUUAUUUAGGCUUGGUUUCAGCACGGGCCCUGCGUGUUGUGCCUUCUUGAGUCCAUCACUAGUAGUGUGGUAGCAUGUUACAGCUGCCAGGUCAUGCUAUUGGAGACCCUGGAUUUUUAUUAAAAAAUAAGCUAUCAUUACAAUA